UCAAACAGGCUCAAGGGGAGGAGGGAUCAAUCCCCACCCCAUCAGCACACCCCAGUCCCGCAAACCCUUCCCUCCCUCCCCCACGCAGACAGAAGCUAGUCGCGCGCGAGGGCGAUAGACAAGCGAGAGCGAAUCCAUCCAGACAGAUGACUGAACCCCCGACUCUUCCACCCCUCCUUCUCCAACAGCGCAUGAGCCAUAUGGGCGAUGAACACGUUGGCAUCGUGUCCCCCACACACCGUCACACGUCACCACCAGAGGGCAGAAGGUCACGCGGGAGUCGCAGACGGCCGAGCGGUAUUUCUUCUUCUUGGCGGUCUCGUGCUGCUUCAGGAUGGACUUGGUCGAUCGGUUCUUGGAAGCGUAAGACGUUGCGUCAGGAUCCGUAAUACAGAUGUCAAACGACGCAGCCGCCUGCCGCUCCCACACGCCCCGAGCGACGAUGUCCGCCCUGACCCCACCCUCCCCCUCCUCUCCCUCCUUCAACACCACCUCCCGACGCACACCAGCGUCCCCCCACGCCAUCCCAAUCAGCUCGGCAAAAGUGUCCCGCAGCUCGUCGUGGCGACGAAUCACCAGGCCGUACCGCUUGCAGCACAGCGCAUGGUCGACGGUGAGGGGCUGGUUGCAGUGGUCGCAGCGUGCAGCGAGGCCGGGGGGGUGACGGCCGUAACGCAUGUUGAGGGCAUCUCGAAACUCCGCAGCAUCAAGACCAGUGUUGUUGUCUGUCGACGGGAGGGUGGUCAGCCAGCCGGACGUCUUGUACUCGGCGCUGCGGGAGAGGACGCGAUGGCGCCGGCGGUCGAUGUGCGGCAGGGCGGCCUCCCUCUUGGUCUUGUGGGCGACGUCCUGCUGCUGCUUGCUCCGGGUGAGGGCGUGGCGGAUGGUGGCACGAUGGUCGCCAGGGUGGAACGGAGCCUUGCCUUGGACGGACUUGGAGACCACCUUGGUGCUCGCGCGGGAAGCGGGGUAGGCGGCUGCGGCACGGUCGAGAGGGUCACAUAUGCCGGUGCCGCUAUGCCGGGCAGGCAGCAGCAUCAGGU